AUGGUGCCGGGCGAGGCGCCGCCGCCCGGCCCGGGGUCGCCGCGGGGCAGCGUGGCGGCUGAGGCGGUCGCCGCUAGGAAGGAGCACGCCUUCGCCCGGAGGAAGGCCUUUUCCCAGUUCGUCAAAGCCAAGGAGGUGCCGGCCGCAGCCCGGUGUCCCGCCGGCGGAGAGGGCGUGCGGUGGCGGUGCUGCCGGCAGGCGUUCGAAGAGCUCUCCGGCAUUCACAGGCAUGUGGCUCUGCAGCACUCCGCGGAGAUCGGGCAGCAGGCAGGUCUGACUGCAAAGCAGGCAGCUGGUGAAGCCAGCCCGUCGAGCGGCCCGGCUCCCGCGGGCAACGCAGGCGGGCCGAAUGGGCGCUCUCGUAGCAGUCCUGAGAUCUCCUGUAUGCUCCCAGACACAAGCCAUGUUAGCUAUGAUGAUCUGACAAGCAAGGUGGGGGAGGUACUUCUGUAUUACUGUUACUGUGAGGUGAAGGAUCCAGAGAAACUCUGUGCUUGGCAAAAGGCUCUGUGCCAGCAUCUGCAUCUCACUGGCAAGGUACGAGUUGCUUCAGAAGGGAUUAAUGGGACAGUUGGUGGAAGCAAAGUAGCUACCAAUCUCUACAUUGAAGUGAUGCUUUCCCAGCCUCUGUUCAAAGACGUUUUGUGUCAAGAGGAUUUCAAGAGCAGUGCAGGAGGAGCUCACUGUUUCCCAGAUCUUCGAGUUGGAGUAUUCAAAGAAAUUGUACCUAUGGGCAUUGAUCCAGAGAUUGUGUCUUAUAAAGAAACUGGAAUCCAUUUAUCCCCUCAGGAAUUUCAUAGAGAAGUAGAACAGUAUUUGUCUAAGGCCAGUAAAGGACAAAGCGAUACCAUCUUGCUGGACUGUAGGAACUUCUAUGAAAGUAAAAUUGGACAUUUUCAGGGCUGUCUGGCUCCAGAUAUCAGGAAGUUCAGCUAUUUUCCCAGCUACGUGGAUGAAAACCUGGAACUUUUUAAAGACAAGCGUGUCCUGAUGUACUGCACAGGAGGGAUUCGUUGUGAAAGAGGCUCUGCUUAUCUACGGAGCAAGGCAGUAUGCAGAGAGGUUUACCAGCUAAGAGGUGGAAUUCACAAGUACCUGGAAGAGUUUCCAGAUGGAUUCUACAGGGGGAAGCUGUUUGUGUUUGAUGAGCGUUACUCCAUUUGUUCCAAUGAAGAUAUCAUCUCAGCAUGCAGAUACUGUGCAACACUGUGGGAUCAGUAUAAACUUUGUUCCAGCCAGCACUGCCGGCAGCUUGUCCUGACAUGUCCAAGUUGUCGCAACAAAGGUCUUACAGCUUGCUGUCCUGUUUGUCAAGAGAAGGAGCUCAAGGUGAAUUCAAGGGCUUCAGGACAGACACUUAAGGAGGAAUGUGAAUGUACAAGGAGACGGCCAAGGGUACCUAUUGAACAUGUCUCGCAAAAGACACUGGAUGCAGGGAAAGAUUAAGCUGUUUCAUUAGCUAAUCUGACAUGUGCUAAUGCGAAGGGCUUCUAUAACCAGAUCCCUAUCUGUUAUUAAUUAGGUUUGGAAAUCAUGAGAAUGUGUUGGCUUGGGAAGUCUUGUUCAUAUGCUGCCUUUAAGCCUAGAGUAUGCCCUGAAAACCAUCCAUUACUUGACCGUAAGUUACCAGAGUGCCCAACCCAUCACCAGCACUACAGGAUUUCUCUCCCUGGGUACAGUCUUGUAGCAUGGCCUCUACCAUGGGGAUUUUGGAGCAGAGUAUGUGCAGUGGGACACAGCUGCUCACAAUUCAAAAGAGACUGAAGGGACAUAGGAACAUUCCAUUGUUUUCCUCCUGCAUGGAGAUGGAUCUGUCCAGCCUCCUCAUGAUCAUGCAUUUCCUUCAAUAGCUAGUGCCAGGGUGUGAAAACAGCAGAUGUAUCAGUUGGGCAUGGGUACGUGACUGGAUUAGAGCUGAAAAUAUUUCCCACAAACAUGCCAUCUGCCUGCAUCUCUUGCUUUAUACCAGUGAGAAGCAAGGGGUAGUUACCUGAAGUCACUGGCUUGACUCCUCUGUAAAACUGGCAGAAGGCAGCAUAAAGACCCCUCUUGUAACAACUGGAGCGAAGGCCCACAGAUACUGUCUGCCCAGCCAUACUUGUUGUGUGUGACCCGUAGGAUGAACAGCAAAAGUAAUCCUCAUUCCAAUGCGCUGUCUCCCCGGGAACUGUUGUUUCCCUCAACUUCUCAGUUCAUGAAAUAUCCAGGGCUCACCUCUGCUUGCACUAGGAAAAACUGACAGCUUGAAGCAUGUUGAAACUGAGACACACAGAGAGGGGAGCACAGAGACUAUCAAAAUACCAGCAUUAUGGCACUGGAAGUGAUGCUGACGUGCAUAAAUGUCAUCAACAGCUAUAAGGAGAUUGCAAGAUCCUUCAUCUGAGUUAAGUAAUUUAAGAUUUGGGAGCAUUUGUGCUUUGUAAACAUGGGUUGAGUUUUUCAAAAGCUGUGAGAUGUUUAUGCAAUUUCCAGCUCUUAUUAGCAGAGAAAUUGUCUUUGAAUUCAAAGGCAUCCACAGCAUAUGAGCUCAAAAUACUUCUCUGUCUGCUGCUUUGUGUGCCUGAUGCUGUAGAAUGUACAGAAAGGUUUUAUUAAUAGUGUAGAUGUGUUUUGACUGAAAAAUGUCUUUGAAACUUACUGUCAUUCUUGGUACUGAAUAGUUAGUCAUUAGGAAAUCAAAAUCUUUUACUGGUUUGUUGGGGUUUUUUACUGGCAACUACUUUUAAAAGCAAGAAAACAGUUUACUCAGGUUUCUGCAGUUGCUUAAUGACAGUUAGGGCAAUGUUAUUUUCAUAUAGCUUGUAACUUUCUCCCCCAGUGCUAUGAAUUCAGCAAGGCCUCGUUGUUGGCUUGACUAGCAACUUAACAAUAUGGGCACUGGUUCCGUUAAAGACAUGGAAAGCAUUUCUUCUUACUUCCAGUAUUGCUACUGUGAAAUCAAUGGCUCAGCAACUGUCUUUAUGACUGUUCCUUUCAUGAAGCAAAACUUUGAAACUUAUGAAUGUUUCCUUUGGGAACCUUUCUAGGAUGGUAUUUAAUAAUAAAUCUGUACACAAUCCAUACUGGAGAAAAAACCUGGAAAAUUCCCAUCAGUAGACACCUUCAGCAGAAGUCUAAGCAGUAUCCAUGGUCCCCUGGCAUCUUGCCUCCCAAGCUUUGCUGGCCAGUUAACCUCUGUGUUUUUGAGGACUGGAAUACUUGUGGAAAGAAAUGCAAGCUCUACUUGCAGGCCUGGUCUAGAGCACUGAUGGGAGUGCCCCAACUUGCAUAUUAUGCUCUCUCUUUUCUUCAUGUAUUAGGCUAAAAAGAACACAGUUUUAUAAUUCAGUCUAUCAGCAAGUCUGGAAUGCUGUGGUCUAUUUGGAAGGCUGUUUCUAUAUCACUUAUCAGUACAGAAUGGCAACAACUAUAUUUUGUAUGUAAACUUCUGAAACUCCUAUGAUGAUAAAAAACCUUUAGUGCUUCCAUCAUAAUUUUUAAAGUACUGCACAAAUACACUUCACCUGUAUGUUGGAAGUGCUUAAUUCUGCAGAGGUAAAUGCUGAAACCUAGCAAGCUGUCUGCCACAUGGUAGACCUGGCUACAAGGUACAAUUCUGAGAGCCCCUAGCAGCUGGAGACUCUACCUCAAAGGCAGAGGGAAGCCAUCGGGCCUCUUCUGGUCCUUGCUGCACUAAGGCAAGGGAGGCGAAGGGUUUGAGAUGUACAGAUGGAGGCCCAUAAAGCCAGGUUUCCUCUGCUGCAGAGAGGGAGGGGGGCAAGAGACAGCCUCCCUCUUGCAAGUUAGCCCGUGAGCAGCUUCUGUAUCCUGGCUUCUGGAGUAGUUUUGUCAGGUAAUACAAAUAAGGACUUCCCAGGUGAAAUGCUGUGUGCUGGGAUCCAGGCACUUCAGUGGUAAUGCCUGAGAGAAUACACUUUAGCUCCAGGAGAGGUGAGAGUUAUGCAGGAUUGGCUGAGACUGCCAGAUGCUGCAGUCAGCAGAUGGCUUUUUCCCCUUUUCCUAGAGAGCUGCUAGGACAUGCAGUGAUCCAUUUGCUCCUAAAUACCGCCAUUUUUUAGUUCCAUCGCUGCACAGCUCAAUGCCUUUCACCACAAAGCCUGAUGCCUCUCAGCACAGCCUGUCUGCUGCACAGCUCUCAGCUCUCACAUGCAUCUUUCAGAAAAGCAGCUCUGUAAGGAUCAGCUGAGGAACCUGGAGUGAUCCUGCCAGCUUAAUGUACAUUUGGACUGCAUGGUUAAUUUGGAUGUCACUACAGUGAAACACAGGACAAUGUUCUUGCUUUUUUUUCUUUCUUAAGGGCUAUAUUUUUUCAUUCAGGAAAAAAUGCUGUUGUAGUAUCCAUGGUAGUGCUCCCUGCUCUGCAGACGCAUCUUCUUGCAUGUGUGGGUUUCUUAGCGCCAUCAUGAUUUCCCAGGAUAGGAUUCAGUUAUGUUCUUCUGAAGGCAAGGGAAGAGGAGCCUGUACCAUGCAAAUCUGAGUGGAUGGCUCAACUGAAACUGUGGCUCUGGUUUGACAAUUUAGUUGACUGUUUUGAAGUUUUUGCAGUGCAUGUGGAAGAAAGAGGCUGUCAGUUUCUUUCCUUUUUUUUUUUUUAAAUACAUUUUCAAGUAUUUCUCAUCUGUAUUCU